AUGUCCGGUGACGUCAGCAGAAUGAUGUUUGACGAUUUUGGUAUAGAUUUAAUUGAACUUCAAAAUAGGAUAUUAGAAUUAGAAAAACAAUUGAAAAAUGAUAAUUUGGAACUUCCGCCGAUAUUCAGCGAUCUCAAGUCACAGGUUGAAAAUUUUCGCAACAAACUCGAAACGACGGAAAGGUAUAAGAAAAUCGAAUUGCAAAAGGAACCAUUUUGUCAAAGGUAUCAAUAUAGGAGAACGAGUAGCGAGAGAGGGCGGAAAAUUCGAGAAAAAUUUUUAAACGUUUGCGAGAAAGAAAUCAGCAAACCGAUAAUCGAAUGGCUCAAACAACCAUCGUUCGAUUCGAUGCAAUACGAAGACGAAGAAAUUCUUUUGUUUCUCCAGCACAUGUUCCUGGAAUUGGGUUUGGUAAAAAAAUUCGACAUACGGUUGCCGACUUUGAGAAAUUUCCUAUACGAAGUUUAUAAAAAUUAUAACGAAGUACCUUUUCAUAAUUUUCGCCAUUGUUUUUGCGUCGCGCAAAUGAUGUACGUCAUAAUGUGGACCGUGGACAUACCGAAAAAAAUGGGAGAUUUGGACGCAUUGAUAUUGUUGACGUCAUCGAUUUGCCACGAUUUAGAUCAUCCGGGAUAUAAUAAUAUAUAUCAGAUAAAUGCGAGAACGGAAUUGGCUUUGCUUUAUAACGAUAUAUCGCCAUUGGAAAAUCAUCAUUGUUCCGUCGCGUUUAGAAUAUUGGAAAAUCCGGAUUGUAACAUAUUCGCAUCCAUGGAUAAAGAAACUUUCAAAGAAGUUCGCGAAGGAAUAAUCAGAUGCAUACUUGCGACGGACAUGGCGAGACACAACGAAAUAUUGACACAGUUCAAAGACGUCACUUCCGAAUUUGAUUUUUCAAAUAAAGGUCAUAAAAAUUUACUAUCGAUGAUAUUGAUUAAAGUGGCGGACAUAUCGAACGAAGCAAGGCCGAUGAAAGUUGCCGAACCGUGGUUGGACAGGUUACUCACGGAAUUUUUCAAACAGAGCGACGCGGAAAAACAAGAAGGUCUUCCGGUGACUCCAUUCAUGGACAGAGACAAAGUCACGAAACCCUCGUCCCAGUGCAGUUUUAUCGGUUUCGUUUUGCUUCCCCUUUUCGAAGCAUUGGGAGAUUUGUUUCCCGUACUCCAGGAUUUAAUAAUAGCGCCUGCCAAAAACGCUCUGGAGUAUUAUAAAAGAUUGAACGAAGCUGCCAAAGAUGAAAGGAUACGUAGAAAAUCCGUCGUGGAUGCGACGAAUGCGGAAAACGGGGAAGAAGUUGACAAUCCGGGAAUGGUCAAAUCGGGGAGUGCUCACAGCGUGAGAAGCAGACGAAGUUUUUGCAAUUCUUGCACUCAGAAAAGUAGAUCUUCCGAAGAGUUUGAAAUCGAUUCGGGUCCGCCAUUAUCUCCGGAAGGAAUUUUGGAAUUUUUAGAAGAUUUAGAAAACGUCGACGAAGAGGAAGAAUUCGAUGAAGAUUUCGAAGAUGAGCCCGUGACGGAAGUUGAAGUUUCGGAGAAAACGUUGAAAUUUAAAAUUUCAACCGAGGGAACGUCUACGAAUUUCGUACCGAGAAAAAGUUUUUCGGGUAGCCGAAAAGGGAGCAAAGAAAGGAAUCAGUAUUCGGAAAACGAACCGGAUUGGUCGAAAAUGAUAAGAGGAGAAGAUGGUAAAUUCCUUAAGAGAAGCAUCACGUCGGACACUAUGAGUUCGGGUAAGGGAAGUUCGGACUCUGACAAAUUGUCGGGUGAUAAAACUAGUCGAAAAGGUAGUAGCGGAGAUUCGGAAAAGGGAGACGAUGUAUAUAAUAAAUUAUCGAGGGGAACGCCGAAAGCGAAUAAUUUUCACAAUAAUAAAAACAAAUACGAGUACAGGAGGAAAUCGUUGGCCGUCGUCGAAAAGCCGCGACUUAGCGAACAUUGGCAACAUUCGAGAAGGAGCAGCGUGUCGAACGCAAUGGAAAAAAACAACAAAAGGGAAAACGUUGUCGUCGCUCCGCCCCAGAAACCUCCUCCGUUGACCGUGACGUCAAUCGAAAUAGUUAAAGUAGUACAAGAUGAAAAAAAGAAUAAAUUGAAAGACGAUGAAUCGAUAUUAUCGAACGCGUUGAACGAAACGCGAACGGGAGAUAACCGUUACUCGCGAGAAUUCGAAACGUCCUGUUGGGGUUUGCAAAAUUUAAAAAAAGACACGACGACGUUCAAUCAUCAAAAUCAAACGGUCGUCAUAAACAGCAUAUUGAAGAAUUCGUUGCAAUCGAGCGUAUCGUCCAAAUCCGAAGAUAAUUUAGUCAUAACGACGUCGAAAAAAAAAACGACCGGAAAUUCAUUGGCGAACAAUUUGAACGCGUCCAAAACGGAAGAAAGCAUUGAAAAACAAUUUUCCGGAAAAGGUGGAGGUGGAGGAGGCGGCGGAGGUGGAGGCGGAGAUAAAAAAAGAAAACUCGGGAGCAACGGUCAUUUGUUUUUUUUAAACCGGUUGAAACACAUUAAAGAUAAAAUAACUUCCGGUCGCGAGAGUGACGGAGGAAACGCGGAGAACAACGGGUCAAACGUCGGUAACAAAACUUCCGGUUUACAAACGAGUUGUGAAAAUCAAUUUUGUUUAAAAGAGUGCGCCGAUGACGGAACGGCGGAAACCGUUGAAAAAUCUAGAACUCUCGGCAAGGGUAAAAAACAACUUCUACAGAACAGAACGUCCGGAAGAAUGAGAAAAGGUUGGAAAGUACUCAUUGGUAGUAAAUCCGACGGUACUUCGUCCUCUUCGUUGGACGUUCCCUCGUCGCCGGGAAGUCCGAGUCCGGUUCAUUCGGAAAAAACGAGAAGGAAAUCGUCCGCGGAAGAAUUGAAAUCGACGAGGUAUAAAUUUUUUGACGCGACACCGGUGAGCGGGGAAAAAAAAAAACCGUCCUCUACCGCCACGACCACCACUACGGCCACGACUACCACCAUGACGUGGAUGUCGAGUCCGAAAAAAUCAAGUUUCCUCGGUAAGAUCGGUAAAAGCGAAGAUGAUUCGAGUUACGGUCGUCAUCAUCAUCAUCAUCAUCACCAUCAUCACAACAUAUUAAACAGUUUGACAUCGAGUUUUCGGUUGAAGAAAAGCGGCGGAACCGGAAAUAAAAACGAUGAAGACAACAAUGGCGCCGCCGGUUCUUCCAGUUUCGCAAGAGAAGGCUCUAAACCAAAUUAG